AUGACUGAGAAAAAAAUAAAAGAAAGGGUCAAAAAGCGGGAGCGGAUUAUCGCUUCUUUAAAGCGACAUGCUCAAUUUCUAGAGGAUUUUGAUCCAAAUACGCAUACGGGGGAAGUCCAAUCGAGGUUGGACAAAAUUGAGGCAAAAUUCGAAGAAUUCGAGGAGGUGCAAGAGGAUAUCGCUGAGCUAGAUGAAAGGGGUGCUUAUGAGGAGGAUUGCAAUAAAGCUUAUUCCGAAUUCGAGAAGCUGUACUACGGGCUACGGGCUGCCUUGCAGGAAAAAUUACCGAGGGAAACAGAGGUUCCAGAUUUAAACAGUACUAUCGGGAGGAAUGGUCACACUGUAGGAGCACAUACUGGAGUACGACUGCCGCAGAUAUCAUUGCCGGAAUUCGGCGACUACAAAGGGUGGUUGUCGUUCAAAUCGACAUACGUGUCGCUGAUCCAUGAGUCAGGGGAGCUCAGUGACGUUCAAAAGUUCCAUUAUCUCAAGUCAGCGUUGAAAGGAGAAGCAGCUAAACUCAUCGAGUCACUCGCACUUACCAACGAUAACUAUCCCAUCGCAUGGGAUACGAUUACGAAGCGGUACUCUAAUGAGUAUCUGCUGAAGAAAAGGCAUCUUUAA